UGGAUUAGUGCUGCUUGCAAGCCAGGUUAUUGAUGCCAUGCAUGGGGAGUGCAGGGCUCCAAUGUGUAAAGGAGGAAUGUCAGUAUUUUAGUAGCUUUCCAGCUCCUGUACAGCUUUCAGAUGUCUGCUAAUUGAGUCUGUCAGUCAGCCUUUUAUCACUGCCAUUGCAAAGUCAUCGUUCCCCUUUGAAGACGGGCUAAACUUCAACUUAAUGAACAACUGUUUACAGAAUUGCAAUAUUUUGCACUCUUCACACAAACAGUGUAGCUCAUUUUGUGCUAAGCACUGUUAGUUAAAUAUGCCACGUCUGUUUAUAAAAAGCGGAGUUGUUAGAAUAAAUUAAGACAUGUCGCCUGAGCAAGUGCACAGCUCCUGCACUGAACUAGAAGAAGAUGAAAACGACAAUGCAGCGGAGGCGGUCUGCCCCCUCAGCCAUCAGUAAAGCCCUCAGCAGAUCCAGAACACAAAGCAGGGAUGGGCCUCUCUCCCCAGCCUCCACCAUCAACGGGUCUCUGAUCCAGGCCUUCAGUGCCCAGAACUCAGCGUUCAUCAUGGAGGAGCGGGUACAGCUCACCACAGGGCUGCAGACACAGGAGAGACACCUCUUCCUCUACAGUGACACCCUCAUUAUCGCCAAGUCAAAGUCCUCAUCCAGCCUGAAGCUGAAGGAGCAGGUGCGCGUGUGUGAGCUGUGGAUCGCAUCCUGCAUCGAUGUGGUGUCCGAGAGGAAGAUGAAUCCAGAGACCUCUUUCGUUAUUGGCUGGCCAACCACCAACUACGUGGUAACCUUGAGCUCCUCCGAAGCCAAGGGGAAGUGGCUCUCAGCUCUGCAAUGGCAAAUCAACGAAAUGAAACAGGAGGAAUACCAAAAGAAAAUAGCUCUUAAAAUCAUGCUGCUGGAUGUGGGGAACCACACUUCUUCAACAAUGACUCUGAAAGUGGGCUCGACAGACACUGCAGAGAAAGUAAUCAAACUCAGCACUCAGCAGCUUGGAAGUCCAGGCCAGCCCAGUGACUACCACCUCUGGGUAAUGUCAGGCAAGGAGGAAACCCCCUACCCCCUUAUCGGGCACGAGCUCCCCUUCAGUAUUAUCAUGAACUGCCUGAGGGACUCUGCAGACCAGCCCAGCAGGGCCAAUAACAACAUCCUGGCCCCCGACGGGGCCCUUCUCCUGGAGCAGCUCCCCUGGGAGCGCCAGUGCCAGUUUAUCCUGAAGCCCCGGCCCGUGGCGCGCAGCCACGUGAGGACAGAUUCCUUCCAGAAACACAUCAAGAGGAAGAAGUCUCUGAUAGACUGGGCCUUGCGCAGGGGGAGCAGCAGCCCAUCAGGCAGUCAACUGGGAUCUCCCACCUCACCCCGCAAGCUGUUCGGCCACUCCCUGCCCUCCAUCUGCCCCAGUGGAAAACUGCCCAAGCCCAUCAUGGACAUGCUCUGCCUCCUGUACCAUGAGGGCCCGUCCACCAUGGGCAUCUUCAGGCGCUCCGCCAACGCUAAAACCUGCAAGGAGCUGAAGGAGCGUCUGAACUCGGGCGAUGCUGUGCAGGUGGAGGGAGAGUCAGUGUUUGUGGCCGCGGCCGUCAUCACAGACUUUCUGCGCAACAUUCCUGGCAGUAUUCUCUCAGCAGCGCUGUAUCACAAGUGGAUGGAAGCAAUGGAGAGAAAUAACUCUGAAGAGAAACUAGAGGCCAUAAAAAGGCUUGUGGAGCGUCUCCCUGAAGCUAACGUCACGCUGCUUCGCUACCUGUUCGCUCUCCUGCACCACAUCGAGAGGAGGUCUGAGGAGAACCAGAUGACAGCCUUCAACCUGGCCCUGUGCAUCGCUCCCAACAUGCUGUGGCUUCCUGUCUCCACGGGGCCAGAGGAAGAGAGCAGAUCCACAAGGAAGGUUGCCAUGCUUGUUCAGCUCCUAAUUGAAAAAGCCCCUGCAAUCUUCGGGGAAGACAUUGUAUCACUCUUUAACAAACCUCACAAGGACCAGCUAAGCAGCUCAGAGGAUGCACUGGACGGGCAUUCCUUCCAGCAGCAGUACUCAUCGGAUGAAUUCGAUUCCACCUUUUCGGAACAGGAGAAGCCGAAAACACUUAACAGAAAGGAAAGGGACUCCUUCUUCCUUCCCUUAAACGAUUCAGUGCUCAAAGAAGAGAAGGAGGACUGGGGGCUGUUGGAUGAAAUGGACGCCUAUAAGAAGAAAGUCCUGAACGAAGACAGUGCUUACAGCUGCGAUAACCUGGACGAGGUGUCUUUCCGGUCCAGCGGGUCGGUCUGCUCGCUCGCCACUCUCCAGAGCAUCAGAUCGACGAGAGACCGCUGCUCCUCGGAGCCCAGCGUGUGCAUGAGCUCCCAGCUGCUGAGCAGACUGCAUGAGCCUGUAGCGCGUCAGUCUAGCUGCGAUGCUGCAAUGAUCCGAGGGCAGACCGACUGCUCCCAGUAUAUGCAAAAACUGCGGCUAGACAGCCCUAAGGUUUUGGCAGGAGACUCUAGCCCCAGGGUGAAUAACAGAACCAAACCUGGCCUGUGGAGGUCCCCACAAAUUGCCUCGAGGAUCAGGCACCUGGGGCCGCACAGGAUGAACCUGUCCAACAGGUCCAGUUUCUCCAGCCUGUCCUCCACAACCACCUCUCCUUCUGCGUCAUCCCUGAGCUCUCUGGACAGCGCCUUCUCUUACUGCUCGGACUCCUUGUUCAGCCCGGCCGAGGUCUCCUCACUGCCUCUCAUGUUUGGAACUUCCACCAGACUGCAGCCCCUUUCUCCGGAGUUUCCCAGCAAGUUCCCCAAAGAUUGGAGUAUGACCUUGCCGGCAUCUAUGGCGCGAGAACCAUGCGACUUGGAUUGGUAUGAAGAGUAUGACGAAAAAGAAGAGGAGAACAAUAAUUGCAUUAACGAGAUUGAAGAUACUGCAGGCAGUCGAGUUCCAGAAGAGGUGCAAGAGGCCUACUGUGAAAGCACUUUGAGUGUUAACAGUUACAGGAGUGCUGAGGACGAUGGAGGUGAUUCAGAACACGAGGGACGAGAGACAGAACCGAGUCAAGCGGGCGUGGGAAAGAACCAAGAGUCCAUGGAAUUGGAACCAGAGUUUUGGGCUUGUGACAGCGAGUCCAAACCACAGAGAAUAGAAACAUCAGAAAAGCACAUAGAAAUGGUUAGACCAAAAACUGGUAAAGAUAAGAUGAAGCGCACUAAGAUAACAUUCUACAUGGCUCCGGGCAAAGUAAAAAUGAAUAACCAUUCUGAGCAGAGCGAGAAAGAAAAGCCCACCAUCGUGUCAGGCUCAGGUGACGAUCCUCCAGUUAGUGCUGAACACCAAAGUCAGACUGUAAAGGUCUAUAUUCCACAGACUGUUUUUUAUGGACAGAACACUCCUCUGGUACUGCAGUCAGUGUCAACGAGGCAGAAUUCAGAGGUGCCAAACGUGCAGGUCCAAACUGAAAUGAAUGGUCCUGCAGAGGCAGCAGCGGCUAGCAUUGAACACCUGCCCACUUCAAAGACUCACAGUAAAGCAGCCAGCACAAUACGGCACACCAUUCGCAUCAUACUGCCCGCGUCAGUCAGGAACACUGUCAAGGAAUACUUUCUGCAUGGCGACGCUAAGAACUGUCACACGGACGCCAAAGCUGUGGAGAAAGAGCUGGUGAGGAGCAAAUUGGAAUGGCAAAACAGAAAACACACGAGCACGCCAAAAGAGACCCUCAGAAUGGGGUUUGGUGAAGAAUCUUUUAUCUGAGCGUGCCGAUUUUAAGUACAUUCGUGAAUUCAUAGUUGACAUGCUUUUGUUAGAUGCUGUGCAUGUAUCUGAAGUUUCAUAUGCCAUGCCGAUUCAUGCACUUAACAAAAUGAGGUAUGUGACAAAAACACUUUCACUGAUAUAUGAACUUCAGAACAGAUACCAUGAGGGUAGCUCCUUUGAUAUAUAAGCAUGUUUGAUAUUCACUAGUUAAUGCAUGUUGAAAACACUGACUUGCUUGUUCAUUUUCAUUGGACAGUGUGGCCUCUGUUUAAUAUGUACUACACUAUUCAAGAAGGGUACUUGCAGUUUCUCCAAAGGAAACUGUUUUAACAAGAGGAGUGCAUGAGUGUCAUGUUUUAAGAAACAUUAAGGAGACAUCUAGCUAAUCUGUUCUAUGGUCACAAGAGUUCCUCUGGCAAACCACAUGGAUGGUGCCCUGCUAAAUGUCCAGUCUAGUGGUGUAAGCAUAUCUGUAUGUGCCAAUAAAAGAACGCUAUUCAAAUCGAACAUCUGCAUUGAAAUAGUGAGGGACCAGGGGUAGAAGACCAGUGAGGUGAUGAGGAAGUCACGUGCUGGGAGACAGGGGUGGUUGAGAUGGGAGAGAGGGGUGAUUGAGAUGGGAGAGAGGGGUGGUUGAGAGGGGAGAGAGGGGUGGUUGAGAUGGGAGAGAUCGAUGGUUGAGAUGGGAGAGAGGGGUGGUUGAGAGGGGAGAGGGGGGUGCAGCAGGGUUGUCCAGUUACGGAGGGUAAAGCUGUAUGUUUUCAAAGAAAUGUUUGGAUGAGAUGUUUUAUCAGAAAGAUGCAAAGUUCUUUUGAAAAUAAAAUGAGUUGUGGAGCAGAUGUGGUGGUUUUGAAGAAUUAGUUUGGGAUUCAAAGUGUUUAAAACAUCAUUCAAUGAGAGUUUACAGGGCAUGAUACUGAGGGUUUUGAGCAUCGAUCUCAGAUUUAAACAGAUAUACGAGACAUGUAUACACUUCAUUACAUCGUGCUUUCUGGACAGUGUAGCGAUUAUUAAAGGGUUAAAGAUUAUAUUGUAAAGCACUCAUGACUCAUUCACAAAGCUUUAACUUUUCUUUUUUUUACUGGUGUUUUAUUUUGAAUAUUUGAUUCACCAUUUAUUAAACUGUUCUAGACUGUUGAUUUCUUUGACAACGGUCUAGAACGCUUACAUGGAUAUGAAACGUACAGUGCCCUGUGUAUGGAAUCGUCUAGGCCAGUGAACACACUGUGUUCCGCCCUGUGCCGUCAGCACCUGUGUCCAUUCCAGAGCUGUGGCUGUCAGCAGCCAAUCACUGAGAAGUUCAGAAUGAAUAUGUAAAGGAGUUCUGUAACCUUCUUUUCAAAGCUGUCACAGUUUUAAAUGUUGUUAAUUGAGUCUGUUUUAUCAUCCUUUAAAGAUGCUUCUACUUCUUCAUUGUACAUUUUGUUUAUCCAUCCUGUUUUUUUUUAAUUAAAUGCCUUCAGAUAUUCUGUUUUUUGAUUAUUUUUUUUACGACCACAAAUAAAAUAAAUAAGAAAUUGUUUGAUU